CAAUGUAGAGGAUCGUCGAGUGUCGGGAAAGGCUGAAACACAGCAGGGAAAAGAGAGUUUCUCUGAGAAACCAUGAGCGCAAGAUCGCUAGCACUAACGGCAGCUGCAGCUGCGGCACUUGUCUCAAUCACCGUAGCUUUGUACCCAACGGUAAAUUUAAGUCUCUUUGACCCCCCAACGAUUCCGGGUUCGCACGACCAUCUACGCAGAGCCACAGUAGUCCCAGUCACUGGUGCUGUGGGCCCAGAAAGCCUCGUUUUCGACCCAAAUGGAGAGGGACCGUAUACCGGCGUCGCCGAUGGUAGAAUUCUCAAAUGGGAAGGAGACGAUCGUGGCUGGACCGAAUUUGCAGUCACUUCUUCCCAAAGGAAAGAAUGUCUUCGUCCAUUUGCACCAGAGAGGGAGCAUGUAUGCGGAAGACCACUAGGUCUACGGUUCGAUAAGAAAACUGGAGAGCUCUACAUUGCUGAUGCCUACUUAGGUCUCCAUGUUGUAGGUCCAGCAGGAGGUUUAUCGACUCCAGUGGUCACAGAAGUGGAAGACCAACCUCUUCGGUUCACCAAUGAUAUGGACAUUGACGAACAUGAAGAUGUGAUUUACUUUACAGAUACAAGUACAAACUUCCAAAGAAGGCAAUUCAUAUCGUCAGUCUUGACCAAAGACAGCACAGGCAAGUUACUGAAAUACGAUAAAGAAACCAAAAGAGUGUCAGUCAUGUUACGAGGCCUUGCUUUUGCCAAUGGUGUAGCUUUAAGCAAAGACCGCUCAUUUGUGCUAGUAGCAGAGACUACUUCUUGUAGGGUUUUAAGGUAUUGGCUUCGUGGACCGAAUGCUGGAAAAUUUGACGUCUUCGCUGAGCUCCCAGGCUUCCCCGACAACAUUAGAAGAAACUCGGAAGGGGAGUUCUGGGUGGCCUUGCAUUCGAAAAAGGGAAAUUUCGCUAAGUUUGCACUUUCAAGCUCAUGGAUUGGGAAAACAUUGUUGAAGCUUCCUCUUAGCUUCAAGCAACUGCACUCACUGUUAGUAGGAGGGAAGCCCCAUGCAACGGCUGUGAAGCUAAGUGAAGAAGGAAAGGUUUUGGAUGUAUUGGAAGAUAGUGAAGGAAAGACACUGAGGUUUAUCAGUGAAGUGGAAGAAAAAGAUGGGAAGCUGUGGAUUGGAUCAGUUUUAAUGCCUUUUAUGGGCACAUAUCAUUUGUAAUUAUAUAAUAAUACGAGGCUUCACUUCAUAUGAAAGUCAUUUGACUUUGUCUCUUAUUUGUAUGAACGAGUGAUGUGUACUCCUUACCAUGCCUUCAUAAAGUCAUUUGGCUUUUGGACUAACCAUUUGCUUGAUCUGUUUUUUAAAGUGGAAAGCUCUUUGAUUA